ACACCACCCGAACGUGCCACUCCACCGUCAAGAGUCAAAACUCUAAAGCCAGGGUCCAAAACCCUCCUCAUAUUCCCUAUUUAAAUCCCCACAAAACUCUCAAUCCCUCUAUAGUCUAUACUUUCCCUCUCUCUCUCUUUAAAUCUCUCACUGGGAUCCGUCAGACCCUGCCAUAUUCAAAUCCCACGUAAACCCACACUCAUGGAGUGGAACCCAGAAACCCUAAAGUUCCUCUCCGAAUGCUUCCUCCACACACUCUCUCCGGCUCCCGAGCCGCGCCGUCGCGCCGAGGCCUCGCUCGCGGAGGCGGCCGACAGCCCCAACUACGGGCUGGCAGUCCUCCGCCUGGUCGCCGAGCCCUCCGUCGCCGAGCAGAUCCGCCAAGCAGCCGCGGUGAACUUCAAGAACCAUCUCCGUGUCCGGUGGUCCCCCGCCUCCUCAGCCGACGAGCCUAAUGCCCCGUCCCUCGUCCCCGACUCCGAGAAGGAGCAGAUCAAAGCCCUAAUCGUUCCGCUCAUGCUCUCCUCAACUCCCAAAAUCCAAUCCCAGCUCAGCGAAGCCCUUGCUCUCAUUGGCAAGCACGAUUUCCCCAAAUUGUGGCCCGCAUUGCUACCCGAGCUCAUCGCUAGCCUUCAGAAGGCGUCCCAGGCGUCCGAUUACACCUCUAUCAACGGUAUCCUCGGCACUGCCAAUUCUAUCUUUAAAAAAUUCUGUUACCAGUACAAAACCAAUGAUCUUUUGCUUGAUUUGAAAUAUUGCUUGGAUAAUUUCGCUGCACCGCUAUUAGAAAUCUUUCUCAAAACCGCCGCACUGGUUGAUUCAGCGGCGAGCUCGGGCGCGCCCGCUGCGACCCUCAAGCCCCUCUUCGAGUCUCAGAAGUUGUGCUGUAGAAUAUUUUACUCUUUGAAUUUUCAGGAACUCCCUGAGUUUUUUGAGGACCAUAUGAAGGAGUGGAUGACUGAGUUUAGGAAAUAUCUGACUACAAAUUAUCCCGCGCUUGAGAAUGGUGGGGUUGAUGGGCUUGCGCUCGUGGAUGAGCUUAGAGCCGAUGUAUGCGAAAAUAUUAAUCUUUAUAUGGAAAAGAAUGAGGAGGAGUUUCAGGAGUAUUUGAAUGAUUUUGCCUUUGCGGUUUGGAGUUUAUUGGGGAAUGUGACUCAAUCUUCUAGUCGUGAUCAGCUAGCAGUGAUGGCAAUCAAGUUUUUGACCACGGUGAGCAUGAGUGUGCACCACACUCUGUUUGCAGGGGAGGGAGUGAUACUGCAGAUUUGUCAGAGCAUAGUGAUUCCAAAUGUGAGGUUGAGGGAGGAGGAUGAGGAACUCUUUGAAAUGAAUUAUAUUGAGUUCAUUAGGAGGGAUAUGGAGGGUAGUGAUCUCGAUACUCGGAGGAGAAUCGCAUGUGAGCUCCUUAAAGGGAUUGCUACAAAUUUUAGGCAACAAGUCACUGAAAUUGUUUCUGCACAGAUUCAGCAUUUGUUAACCUCGUUUGUAUCGAACCCAGUUGGAAACUGGAAGGAUAAGGACUGUGCCAUAUACUUGGUCGUUGCUCUUGCUGCUAAGAGAGCUGGGGGUACUUCUGUCUCGACUGAUCUUGUUGAUGUUCAGAGUUUUUUUGCUUCAGUUAUUGUGCCUGAGUUGCAAAGUCAAGAUGUCAAUGGGUUUCCAAUGCUUAAAGCGGGUGCGUUGAAGUUUUUUACAAUGUUCCGGAAUCAAAUACCAAAGGAUGUUGCAGUACAGAUUUUCCGAGAUUUGGUUCGGUUUCUUCUUGCACAGUCAAAUGUUGUUCAUUCCUAUGCUGCGAGUUGUAUUGAGAAACUGUUGCUAGUCAAAGAUGAAGGGGGAAGAGCAAGGUAUACUGCAAAAGACAUUGCUCCAUUUUUUGGGGAGCUGAUGACGAACCUUUUUAAUGCCUUCAAGUUCCCAGAGUCUGAAGAGAAUCAGUACAUAAUGAAGUGUAUCAUGCGAGUUCUUGGGGUAGCAGAAAUAUCUCGUGAGGAUGCUGGAAAUUGUGUUGUUGGGUUGACCUCUAUUCUCAUGGAAGUUUGCAAAAACCCAAAGAAUCCAAUCUUUAAUCACUAUCUGUUUGAGUCCGUGGCGAUUCUUGUCAAGCGGGCUUGUGAUAAGGAGCCCUCACUUAUAUCAGCUUUUGAAGGAAGGCUUUUUCCUUGCCUGCAGCAAAUAUUGGCCAAUGAUGUCACUGAGUUCUUCCCUUAUGCAUUUCAGCUGCUGGCUCAGCUUGUUGAGUUAAAUAGUCCACCAAUUCCUCCAAGCUACAUGCAGAUUUUUGAGAUUCUCCUCUCACCUGAUUUGUGGAAGAGAACUUCAAAUGUCCCUGCGCUUGUGCGCCUGCUUCAGGCCUUUCUUCAGAAGGCACCUCAUGAGCUUAGCCAAGAGGGGAGGCUUAACAAGGUGCUUGGGAUAUUCAACACGCUUAUCUCAUCCUCUGGUACAGCUGAACAAGGCUUCUAUGUGCUCAACACCAUCAUUGAGAGUCUUGAAUAUGGUGUAAUUGCACCUUAUGUUUGUCAUAUUUGGGCUGCCCUUUUUGGGCAGCUCCAAAAUAGGCGAACAGUAAAGUUUAUCAAGUCUUUCUUGAUAAUCAUGUCACUCUUUAUAGUCAAACACGGUUCUGCAAACCUUGUAGAUACUAUGAAUGCUGUUCAGCCGAACAUAUUUUCUAUGAUCGUGAAGCAGGUCUGGAUACCUAAUCUUAAGCUGAUCACAGGUGCCAUUGAGCUUAAGUUGACUGCAGUUGCUUCCAUCAGGCUUAUCUGUGAGUCUCCAGCUCUUUUAGAUGCUGCAAAUGUUGAACUUUGGGGGAAAGUGCUGGAUAGCAUUGUUACUCUUCUUUCACAGCCAGAGCAGGAUAGGGUGGAGGAGGAACCAGAAAUGCCAGAUAUUGCAGAAAAUGUGGGUUAUACUGCCACUUUUGUCCGUCUUUACAAUGCUGGGAAGAAAGAGGAGGAUCCUCUGAAGGACAUAAAGGAUCCGAGGGAGUUUGUGGUAGCUUUAUUGGCAAGGCUUUCUUCCCUUUCUCCUGGUAGAUACCCCCAGAUCAUCAAUCAAUAUCUUGAUCCAGCAAAUCAAGCAGCAUUACUUCAACUUUGCAACACAUAUAAUUGCCCAAUAGUUUGAGAUCUUAUCAGCAAUGGAGUUGGCUUGUUUUUUUUUUGUUGGCACGAUUUCAACCGAGUCUUCUUCAACAUGGUUUAGAUGGUAAUAGUUUGUCAUCCAGCUGUAUAGUCACCCAAGAUCUUAUGCAGUGUGAUGUGGGAUUUUGAAGACCAUAUUAUUGCGGUUGACCAACUUAUUUUGUAGACUUGAUUAUCCAUGUAUGCGAUUGUGUCAUUUUUGUCAUUUUAAAGGCUAGAUUUUCAGCA